AUGAUUGAUUCAGCCAGUGGGGGUGCACUAGUUGAUAAGACUCCUGCUACAGCUAGGAGCUUGAUUUCUAAUAUGGCUACCAACUCACAACAGUUUGGCAUUCGCCAAGAUCCUACUCCGCCACCUGAAUCAGCUAAUGGAGUGAGUACCUCUAAUUCUAAUCAGCUUGGUCAACAAUUAGCUCAAUUAACUGCAAUGGUACAACAACUUGCUUUAGGCCAACAAGUGCGGCCAUGUGGAAUAUGUCAGGUUGUGGAGCAUGCUACUGAUACUUUCUCUACUUUAUUUGAGGGAGAGACUGAGGGUGUUAAUGCUGUAGGUAAUUACCCAAGUCAUUUAAACCAAACUUACUAUGAACCUUUUUCACAAACUUAUAAUCCUGGCUGGCGUGAUCAUCCAAAUCUUCGUUAUGGGAAUCAACAACAAGUUGCUUCACAGUCUACAUCAGUGAGACCACCUGGUUUCACUUUUCAACAGCGGUCUCAACAUAAUUUUUUACCCAGACCAUCGCAAGCACCGCACAAUGCUCCACCACCAAGUGCCAAACCUUCCAGUAAAGAUUUAAUCAAUGUUAUUGCUACAAAUAUGCUUCAGUUUCAACAAACUACCCAAGCGUCCAUAAAAAGUUUGGAGAAACGGGUGGGACAACUAGUGGCAUCAUAUAAUAGGUUGGAAGCUCAUGUUUCUAAUAAAUUUCCUUCACAACCUGAGAGUAAUCCCAAGGAGAAUGUAAGUGCGCUAAAUUUGCAAACUGGUAUACAAUAUAAGCCACCCACACAACCUUCAUCGCCAGCUCCAAUGCAAAAGCAAGUAGUAGACAACUCCAUCCAUGAUGAACCAUCAAUGAAGAAAAAGUCACAUAAAACAACUAUGCUAACCUAUGUCCCUCGUCCGCCUUUUCCAAGCAGAUUGAAAAAAUAUAAGAAAGAGGCAGCUAACAAGAAAAUUCUUGAGACUUUUCGCAAAGUUGAGGUAAGCAUUCCAUUACUUGAUGCUAUUAAACAAGUGCCACAUUCUUCUAAAUUUUUGAAGGAGUUGUACACGAAUAAGAAGAAAUUGAAUGGUGAUGAAAAGAUAAGUGUGGGGGAGAACGUCUGUAAUAACCCAAAAGCACUAAUAUGCCUUAAGGGCCUUGAUUAG